CAUGAAAGACUUUCCAGGUUGGAAGCAGCUACGAACCCUCCCGCCAGCGACUCCUCCUACAGUGAUCGCGCCGCCAGCCGCUCCAGUGCCUACGCCCGCAGGGAGAACCGGUUAACUGCCCUCAGCAGCCGAGCGGAAGAGGAGAGUAACAGGGACUAUAAAAAACUGUAUGAAAGCGCCCUGUCUGAAAAUCAGAAGCUGAAGUCAAAACUGCAAGAAGCCCAGCUUGAGUUGGCCGACAUCAAAUCCAAGUUGGAAAAAGCAGCCCAGCAGAAACAGGAGAAAACUUCUGACCGGUCCAGCAUGCUGGAGAUGGAGAAAAGGGAGAAGCGAGCCCUGGAGCGGAAACUCUCUGAAAUGGAAGAGGAGAUGAAGAUUUUGACAGAGCUGAAGUCGGACAACCAAAGGCUGAAGGACGAGAACGGAGCCCUCAUUCGUGUCAUCAGCAAGCUCUCCAAAUAG